CUGUGGAUAGCCGCACAGGGAAAGAGAGCAGCGAGCGGGCGGCAAUUCAGCACCACCGGCAAUAGACAGCGCACCGAGCCCAGCGGCACAGGGGAUGGCCUGCCUGGCCGCGGCGUUUACCGUGGGCAACAAUUUGAAUGCCAAUAUCCCGUCAUCGGCGAUGGCGGAUCCCAAGUCGGUGUGCGUGUCCCUGGACGAGGUGGUCUCCAACUGCCCCGGGAACCAAGACACCCCGUUGCUGAAUGGACACUUGAAAAAAGUUGAUAACCACCUCACCGAAGCUCAGCGUUUAUCUUCGCUGCCCAGGAGGCCGGCCGUCAAUAUCGACUUCAAGGAUCUUUCGUUUUCUAUUCCAGAGGGACCUUGGUGGAAAAAGAAAGGAUACAAAACUUUGCUGAAGGGAAUCUCCGGCAAAUUCAGCUGCGGGGAACUUGUUGCUAUCAUGGGGCCGUCCGGGGCCGGGAAGUCGACGCUCAUGAAUAUACUGGCUGGAUACAGAGAGACGGGCAUGAAGGGAGAAGUCCUUAUUAACGGUCAGCCGCGCGACUUGAGGUCGUUCCGCAAGGUGUCCUGUUACAUCAUGCAAGAUGACAUGCUUUUCCCACACUUGACCGUUCAGGAGGCCAUGAUGGUUUCUGCACAUUUGAAGCUUCAGGAGAAGGACGAAGGCCGGCGAGAAAUGGUUAAGGAGAUCCUGACAGCCCUUGGUUUGUUGUCGUGUGCCGACACAAGGACUGGGAGCCUUUCUGGGGGUCAAAGGAAGCGUCUUGCCAUCGCUUUGGAGCUUGUGAACAAUCCACCGGUUAUGUUCUUCGAUGAACCAACGAGCGGCUUGGACAGCUCGUCUUGCUUCCAGGUUGUCUCCUUGAUGAAGUCGUUGGCCCAAGGGGGCAGAAAUAUCAUCUGUACCAUCCACCAGCCCAGUGCCAAACUGUUUGAGCUCUUUGACCAACUUUAUGUAUUAAGCCAGGGACAAUGCAUCUACCGUGGGAAAGUGUCAAAUCUCGUUCCAUACUUACGAUCGCUCGGAUUAAACUGCCCGACUUACCACAACCCGGCGGAUUUCAUAAUGGAAGUCGCAUCCGGCGAGUAUGGAGAGCAGAAUCCGCGCCUUGUCCGAGCCGUGCAGGACAACCUGUGUGCUGACAUGGACCAGAAGAGGGACCAUUGUGCGGAUAACGACAUUAGCCCAUUCAUGUGGCAUAAGCCGUCCGAUGAGGACUCCUCACCUUCAGAAGGCUGCCACAGCUUCUCGGCCAGUUGCCUGACCCAGUUCUGUAUUCUGUUUAAAAGGACCUGCAUCAGCAUCAUGAGGGACUCGGUGCUGACCCACUUACGGGUGACGUCACACAUCGGCAUCGGCAUCUUAAUCGGUUUGCUGUACCUGGGCAUCGGGAACGAAGCCAAGAAAGUCCUCAGUAACUCAGGCUUCCUGUUCUUCUCCAUGCUCUUCUUGAUGUUUGCAGCCCUCAUGCCGACCGUGUUGACGUUUCCACUAGAAAUGUCGGUAUUCCUCAGAGAACAUCUGAAUUACUGGUACAGUCUGAAGGCGUAUUACUUGGCUAAAACAAUGGCCGACAUACCCUUUCAGAUCAUGUUCCCGGUCGCAUACUGCAGUAUCGUGUACUGGAUGACAUCACAGCCCUCCGACGCCCUGAGAUUUGUCCUGUUUGCCGCUUUGGGAACGAUGACAUCAUUAGUGGCCCAGUCUCUGGGGCUUCUCAUCGGGGCGGCUUCUACAUCACUCCAGGUGGCCACGUUUGUGGGUCCCGUUACAGCCAUUCCUGUGCUGUUAUUUUCUGGUUUCUUCGUCAGCUUCGACACCAUCCCAGGGUACUUGCAAUGGAUGUCGUAUGCGUCCUACGUCAGGUACGGCUUUGAAGGAGUCAUCUUAUCGAUUUACGGCCUCGACAGAGAAGACCUCUUUUGCGAAAAAGACGAGACGUGCCACUUCCAGAAAUCAGCGGCAAUCCUUAAGGAGCUUGACGUGGAAGAUGCCAAACUCUACCUAGAUUUCAUCAUUUUGGGGAUCUUCUUCGUGGCCCUGCGCCUCAUAGCCUACUUUGUUCUCAAGUACAAAAUCUGGGCCAAGAGGUAAAGAGAAAAAGCCGACCACGAUGGCCGACAGAUGGUCUUCUUUUUUUUUUUAGACACUUACGGUGGUCUGCAAUCCGACGAAGCUUGCUAUUGUCUCGAAGCACCCGGCAGGUUCCUUGCUCCAGAGACACUAUCAAGACCUAAUGUUUGUGGAAUGCGUUGGGUUCCUUUUAUUGGUUCCGAAAACCCGUUGGGAUUUUUUUUUCUCGGGGGGCCACCUCGUUAAUGAAACUUUCUAGAUUGAACUAGGAAGAGGCAGACGGGAAUCCCACAGACAGUUACUUCAGUAUUGUUUCGAGAGAGUGGUCGCUCGUACACUUUCUUAUCUUAGAAUGUGACCUCGCUUCUGGAGUUUGAAGAAUAGAACGUCCUGACACUAAAUAACUCACUUGGUUUAACGCGAUCUUAGAGUUUGGACAUCUUUUUCUGUGUUCUAAUCUGGAAUCCUUCCAUUGUUCCUGAC